GCUAGUGCCCCAUUGAGGAGAGGGAAGAAGGAAGUGACGCACACGGGCGGGGUGGAGUCCCGCCCCGGGAACCCGGAAGCGGUUGUUGCUGCGCUAGGGGAACGAUCCUGGGGCUGGGCCUUGCUGCGGCAAGAUGACUGUAGAUAUCCAGCCAGCCUGCCUUGGAUUGUAUUGUGGGAGAACAGUACAAUAUAUAAAUGCGUCAACUGAAAUCUAUGGCGACUGUGGGGUUUGUCCGAGAGGACAGCGAACAGAUGGUGAUAAAAUCUGUCGGGAGUGUACAGGAUCUCCAGGGCAUUAUGACUGGCUAUACCUUGGCUUUAUGGCCAUGCUUCCGUUGAUUUUGCACUGGUUCUUCAUUGAAUGGUAUUCAGGGAAAAAGAGUUCCAGUGCAUUGUUUCAGCAUCUUACUGCCUUAUUCGAAUGCAGUGUUGCAGCAAUAGUUACACUGCUUGUGAGUGAUCCAGUAGGUUUUCUGUAUAUCCGUUCUUGCAAGGUAGUGAUGCUUUCUGACUGGUAUACGAUGCUUUACAACCCAAGUCCUGAUUACAUUACAACUGUACACUGUACUCAUGAAGCUGUCUAUCCUCUAUACACCAUUGUAUUUAUAUACUAUGCCUUCUGUCUGGUGUUGAUGAUGCUGCUCCGACCUCUCCUGGUUAAGAAGAUUGCCUGUGGGUUAGGAAAGUCAGAUCGAUUUAAAAGUAUUUAUGCAGCACUUUACUUCUUCCCUAUUCUAACUGUACUUCAAGCAGUUGGAGGAGGCCUGCUCUAUUAUGCAUUCCCAUAUAUUAUACUGGUGUUAUCUUUGGUUACCCUGGCUGUGUACAUGUCUGCUUCUGAAGUAGAGACUUUCAAAGAUCUUCUUGUCAGGAAGAAAAGGCUUGUCGUUCUUUCUAGCCACUGGUUACUGCACGCCUAUGGAAUCAUCUCUAUUUCCAAACUGGAGAGACUUGGCCAGGAUCUACCACUGUUGGCUUUGGUACCUGCACCUGCCCUCUUUUACUUACUUACUGCAAAGUACACUGAACCUUCGCGCAUCCUUUCGGAAGGAGCAAAUGGACAUUAAAUGUAACUUGUGCCCACGCCCCAGUGAAACUUGUCCCAGUAAUAUGGAUUAAAGAAUUUCAGUGCUUGUUAUGCCCUUCAGCUCUUCUUAGACUAAAGUUGUCAAUUCUGUACAAGACGUUUUCUGGGUAAAACAUCGUAUAGAAUCUAAGAGUAAGACUACGUAAUCUUAGCUUCUCUAACUUCAUGAAGGGCUUGUAAAAAAUCAAAGUGGAUAAUGUCUUAAUCUAUAUACAUUUUUCACUAUGUAUAAAUACUGGUGGCACAUACCUUGUAAUAUUUUUUUGUACCUUAUUUAUUUAUUUCAUAAUGCCGUAUAUUAGCAUCUGUUUGAAUAAAGUAGCAAAAUAGAGCUGUG